AUGACGGUUAACUCUAGGAUAGUUGGCGAAGUGAGAAAAAAGUUUAUACCGAAGGAUGAUGCUGCAGAAUUGAAGGUUAAAUUUUUGGCAGAACUGGAAUGGAGAUUGCAAAAUAGUAAAUAUUCUAUGCUGCCUAGUAGAUUGGUGCAUGGUUCUAUCAAAGCCCCUAAUAGCAAUAAUAGAUACAUAUCUAUUGAUUUUGGAGGCACAACUUUGAAAAUUGCUAUUAUGAAAUACGACUCAGAUGAGAAAAACUUUGAGAUAGCAUACCAAAAUUCAAUGAACAUAACAUCUAAAAUAGUUGACUGGAAGUUUUUUGAAGAAUUAGUGUUCUGGAUAUGCCAACAAUUAAACGAACAAUGCGAUUUCAGUAAUGAGUUAACAUUUUUAAUAUCCACAACAUUUAGUUCCCCAUUGGAUGAUAAUAAUAAAAUUGUUUCAAUGGGUAAAGGGUUUGAAUUAAUGGAUGAACUUAAGGAUAUCUCACUUAAUGCUAUUUUAAAAAAAUUGUUUAAUAAAUAUAAAUCAAAUAACAUUGCAUUCACUAAUGCUCGCUUUCAAAUAUGUGAUAUCAUUAAUGAUUCUGUCGCCGUAUACAUCACUGGAAAAUUCACAUGUCUGAAAUCCCAAAUUGCGCUUAUAUUAGGCACUGGUCUUAAUAGUUGUUUUGAAUUACCAAAUUUUAUGUUACCAGAAUAUAAAGCACAACACUAUGAUAUUGAAACAAGCCAAAAAGUGAUAAUAAAUGCAGAAGCAGGCUUUUUGGGGAAAGACUUUAUAAAAUUAUCUCGAUUUGAAAAAGGAUUUGAGCUUGAUAAUUUAAAUAUGCCUAUGGAAUUUAUUACAUCAGGGAAAUAUAUACCAUCAUCUUUUCUAAGGUUGUUGACGUACUAUAAUAUUCCAAUUUCUAAAGAAAUAGAAUUUGAUGGCUCUACUUUUGGUGCUAUUAUAAAUGGAAAUUCAAAUAUAACAUCUUCUGAAUUCAAAAACGUAUGUAGAGAAUUGGCUCUACUAUAUCUUGAAAGAGCUUCCAUAUAUUUGGUGGCAAUGCUAGAAGGAAUUUUAGAGUUAACUAAUAAUUCCACAACUGUGGAAUCCGACACAGUAAAUAUCGGUUAUGUUGGCUCCUUUUUAGCUAAUAUUGAAGAAUACAGAAACAUGGUUGAAAUACGAUCGGGGCAUAAAUUUAAGUUAAUAUUUUUAGAAGAUAGUAAUUUAAAAGGUGCAACCAUAGCAACAUGUACCAACAUCAGGCAUCACUGGAUUUAG